AUGAAGCACCGGGAACUGGAACAGGCCCAAGGCCGGAAGCAGGCCCUAAGCCUGCAAAAAACGGGCCUAAAACUGCAGACAGGGAUUGCACUAGUGACCACAUGGUCGCUAGCUGUCCCUGCUGCAGAGACCCCAAAUUCACUGGGCAUGGCAAAUUUGAUGAGGGCUCAGCACCUGAACCAAGACAAAGGAGAAGAAUUUUUUCCCACUGUUACCAUUUUACAUGUUUUGCAGGAAUAUGAUUUAGUUGAUAUUACAAAAAGUAAUGAUUUAGCGUUUGCCCAUAGGGCUCUUACUACAGUGAAUCUGAACCCUUUUUAUCUAUGUUCUACAGGGCGAAUCCUUAACCACGGCCACUAUGUCUGCAGCACCUGGGGAAACUAUCAUUUCAAGACCUUUGAUGGACACGUUUAUCAGUUUCCUGGGCUCUGCAGUUACAACCUGGCCUCAGAUUGUCAGGAGGCCUACAAGGAAUUCUCUGUCCACAUUCAGCGUGCCACAGACAGUGGUCAUCCACUCGUUGAACAAGUUAUAAUCACCAUUAAAGAUAUCGUCCUUCAGCUAAAGAGCAAUUUAGUCGUGGUGAAUGGAGUCAUUGCGAAGACACCUUACUACAGCUUUGGAAUUCUCAUUGACAAGAAUGACGCCUACAUUAAGGUGUUUACGAAGAUUGGACUUACCCUCAUGUGGAAUAGAGAAGAUGCUAUAAUGGUGGAACUGGACUCUAGGUUUAACAACAAUACCUGUGGUCUCUGUGGGGACUACAAUGGCAAUCCAAUCCAUAAUGAAUUCAUUUCUGAAGGUAUGAUAAUCAACCCUGUGGCCUUUGGAAAUCAGCAAAACAUCCAUAAUCCAAAUGAUCAAUGUACAGACCCAGAUGAGACCAAGAUAGCUGAGACUUCCCAUUGCUCCACAUAUCGCUCAGUUUGCGAGCAACACCUGGGACAAGCUGCAUUUUCGGACUGCCACUCCCUUUUAGACAUGGAAUCCUACAUUCAGACUUGUAUGUUAGACAUGUGCGCCUGUGGCAAUUCACAAGACUCCUUCUGCCUCUGCAGCACCAUAUCUGAGUUUUCCAGGCAGUGUUCGCAUUCAGGGGGCCGUCCAGAGAACUGGAGAUCUGACAGCUUUUGUUCAAAACAAUGUCCACAGAACAUGAUUUAUCAAGAAAGUGCGUCUCCGUGCAUGAAUACCUGCUCGCAUCUGGAGAUUCAUAGUCUGUGUGAGGAACAUUACAUGGACGGCUGUUUCUGUCCUGCGGGAACUGUACUAGAUGACCGCACAGGAAAGGGCUGUGUACCAGUUAGCGAGUGCCACUGCACACACAGUGGGGUAACCUAUGCACCAGGGCAAACCAUGCAGAAUGAUUGUGACGAAUGUCGCUGUCUAUUAGGAAGGUGGAGCUGCACAAACAAUGUCUGCCCGGGUGUGUGUGCCAUCGAGGGAGGGGCUCACUUUACAUCCUUUGAUGAGAGGAAGUUCACUUUCCAUGGAGACUGUUACUAUGUGCUGUCAAAGGGUACAAGAAAUGAAUCUAAUGCUAUUCUAGGAGAACUGGCACCUUGUAGUUCAUCAGAGAGAGAGACCUGUCUUAAGACUGUCAUCCUUCUCACAGAUAACAUGAAAAAUAUUCUCACCUUCAAAGCAGACGGCACUGUGCUACUGAAUCAGCUAAAAAUCAGCUUACCCCAUGUCACAGCAACCUUCUCUAUCAUACAGCCGUCCAACUCUUACAUCAUUGUUGAGGGAGCCUAUGGCAUGCAAAUGCAAAUCCAGCUGUUACCCAUGAUGCAACUGUAUAUCACCAUGCAGAAGAUAGCCAAAGGUCACUUGCAAGGCCUUUGUGGAAACUUCAACUCCAAAGAAGGAGAUGACUUCCUAACAUCUGGAGGCCUAGUGGAAGCAACAGCAUCAGCCUUUAUCAACACCUGGAAAGCCCAGCCCACCUGUGGUGACAAAGUUGAUUGGCUGGAGGACCCAUGCAGUAUCAGCAUUGAGAGCAAAAACUAUGCCGAAUAUUGGUGUUCUCACUUGGAAAAAGAAGAAUCCCCCUUUGCCAAAUGUCAUUGUGUUGUAAACCCAACUGAGUAUGCCAAGAGAUGUCGUUAUGAUGCCUGUAACUGUAAGGACAGCGAGGCCUGCAUGUGCGCUGCCAUCUCAUCGUACGUCAGGGCCUGUGCCGCUAAAGGAAUCAUUCUGUGGGGCUGGAGAAACGGCAUUUGUGACAAGGAUGUUACUACUUGCCCAUCAACUCAGGUCUAUCUGUAUAACCUCACCACAUGCCAAUCUACUUGCCGCUCCCUGGAGGAGGGUGAAAAGGCCUGUGGCAAUGAGUUUACAGCAGUAGACGGUUGUGGGUGCCCAGAUGGAGAGUAUCUGAAUGAGAAGAACCAUUGCGUGCCAAGAUCCAAGUGUUCAUGCUACUAUAAUGGCAGAUACUAUAACCCAUUGGAAGUUAUCUACAAACAGAAUGAGCGAUGCUCUUGCCACGAUGGAAGAUUUAUCUGCACCUCUCAUGGUAACGAAACUUGUCCCACUGGGAAAGUCUUCUUUGACUGCAACAAAGUCCAGCAAAACUCCUCAAUAAUUUCAGUGCAUAGAAGCUGCCAGACUUUAAAUGUCGAACUUUUCCAGACUGGAUGCAUCUCAGGCUGUGUUUGCCCAGAUGGGCUUUUGGAUAAUGGAAAAGGCGGCUGUGUUAAAGCCGACCAAUGCCCCUGUGUUCACAACAAUCACUUGCACGAUCAUGGUGCAAAGAUCAAGGUCGAUUGCAAUACAUGCACAUGUCGGAGUGGCCAAUGGACUUGCACUGAUGUUGUAUGCUAUGGGACAUGUACCAUCUACGGAAAUGGUCAUUAUGUCACCUUUGAUAACAAGCUGUAUGACUUUGAUGGGAACUGUGAAUAUGUAGCUGCCCAGGACUACUGUGGAUCAAAUGGCAGCUUCAGUGUUAUUACAGAAAACGUCCCAUGCGGUACAACGGGAGUCACAUGCUCAAAGGCUAUCAAAGUCUUCUUAGGGAAAACAGAACUGAAGUUAGCAGACAAAGAAGUAGAGAUAAUUCAGGUGGAUUCUGAUAAGCAAGUGCAGUUUCUAACACGUGAAGUGGGUAUUUACCUGGUUAUUCAAGCCAGCAAUGACAUCCUUUUGAUUUGGGACAAAAGAACCACUAUAUUCAUCAAGGUGUCGCCUGCAUAUAAGGGAAAACUCUGCGGACUAUGUGGAAACUUUGACGAUACCGCAAAUAAUGACUUUACCACCAGUCACAAGCUGCCGGUCACAAGUGUGUUGGAAUUUGGUAACAGCUGGAAAGUCAAUCCCUCGUGUCCUGAUGUAUCAACUGAGAUCCACCCUUGUUUACUCACCCCACAUCGUAAGGCUUGGGCUGAGAAGCAGUGUGAGCUUAUCAAAAGCGAAGUUUUCAAAGUUUGUCACAGCAAAGUGGAUCCUGCCCCAUUCUAUGAUGCUUGUGUCCAUGAUGCCUGCUCGUGUGAUGCUGGUGGGGACUGUGAGUGCUUCUGCACUGCAGUUGCUGUCUAUGCUCAAGAGUGCACCAAAGCUGAAGCCUGCGUCUUCUGGAGAACGCCAGACGUUUGUCCUAUAUUUUGUGACUAUUACAAUCCAAAGGAUAAGUGUGAGUGGCAUUAUCAUCCAUGUGGUAAUCACAGCGUAGAGACCUGCCGAUCCAUCAACAAUGUCUACACUAAUGUCACUGUCACUUACCUGGAAGGUUGCUACCCAAGUUGUCCUCCUGAGAGACCAGUUUAUGAUGAGGACAAAAAGAUAUGUGUGACUAAGGAAGAGUGCGGAUGUUAUAUCAAUGGUACUCAUUAUGAGCCUGACACCCCGAUACCAACUGAUGAGAACUGUCGCUCAUGUGUAUGUACUUUACAAUCAACAGACAACUGCACAUUUGAUCAAACAGCGUGUUUCUGUAUUGUUGAUGAUGUAAAAUACAAUGAUUCUGAUAUAAUCUCCAGUAAAGAGGAGUCAGGAGUCUGUAUUGUGCAGACAUGUGUUAAUACAACUAUUCAAACUGACAUCACUCUCUGUCAAUCCACAACGCCAGUGUUCGAAACAUCCAUUCCUGUUGUAACUACUUUAGCUACAACUACUACAAAAGUCACUACUACAACACCGUCAUCUUCCACAACUUGUGCUUAUGAGCUGGUAUGUGAAUGGGGCCAGUGGUUUGAUGUUAAUAAGCCAGGGGAUGGGCUUGACAGUGGUGAUUAUGAAACAUAUGAUGAGAUAAAAAAACAUGGGCAUCAGAUCUGUGGAACUCCUGAAGACAUACAGUGCAGGGCUGCAUCAGCACCUGAUGUUAGUCUGGAUGAUUUGGGACAGAAGGUGCAUUGUAAUGUAUCAUAUGGACUGAUCUGCAAUAAUAAUGAACAGAUGCAAAGUUCGAGUCUUUGGCAGAAAUGCUACAACUAUGAGAUUCAAGUGAAGUGCUGCUCCUGGCAGGCGUGUCCUUCUUCUACUACGUCAACAACCACAACCCCGAAAACAACAACAUCCACCAUUCCAACCACUACUACUACAACUGAACCAACAACAUCUAGCACUCCAACCACUACUACUACUACUGAACCAACAACAGAGACCUUUCCUACUACUACUUCAAAAACAACACCUCCGGAAUCUACAACAACUCCAAUAACUACACCCACUCCAACUCAAUCGUCCACUGUAACUCAACCAACUACUACUAGUGUUACGCCAACUACUACUACAGAAGUACCUACAACAACUGAGUGUGUCACGGAAGAGACAGAGGACACUACACCAAUCCUUACUACAACAACACCAAUCCCUACUACAACAACAUCAACCCCUACUACAACAACACCAAUCCCUACUACAACAACAUCAACCCCUACUACAACAACACCAAUCCCUACUACAACAACACCAAUCCCUACUACAACAACUGAUUGUACCCCUAUCUGUUCGUGGAGCCCCUGGUAUGAUGUGAGUUACCCUAAAUACGGUGUUAAUGGAGGUGAUUUUGAAACUUAUGAGAACAUUAAAAAUGAAGGAUUUUCUAUAUGUGAUAAGCCUCAAAACAUUUCCUGUAGAGCAUCAAAAUUUCCUGACACACCAUUGGAUGAGCUGGGGCAAAAAGUAACUUGUGAUGUCACCCAUGGCCUUGUCUGUAAUAACAGAGACCAAGAAGGGUUCAUGCCCGUUUGUUACAACUAUGAGAUAAGUGUGGAGUGCUGUGGGGAUCUUCCACCCUGGUGCACAACAACUACUCCAGUGAAAACAACAACAACCACAACAGAGAAGACAACUACACCACAAAGCACAACGACUCCAGGGUCCACAACCACAACAGAGAGGACAACAACUACACCACAAAGCACAUCUACUCCAGGGUCUACAACACCCACAACAGAGAGCACAACAAGUACACCCCAAAGCACAACUAUUACAGAGAUUACCACAACUUCUCCAACAACCACAACAGAGAGAACAACAACUACACCACAAAGCACAACUAUUACAGAGAUUACCACAACUUCUCCAACAACUACAACAGAGAGCACAACAAGUACAACUCAAAGCACAACUACUCCAGUGUCCACAACAUCCCCCACAAUAACUUUUACAACUGAGUGUACCCCUAUCUGUGAGUGGAGCCCCUGGUAUGAUGUGAGUUACCCACAAUACGGUGUUAAUGGAGGUGAUUUUGAAACUUACGAGAACAUUAAAAAUGAAGGAUUUUCUAUAUGUGAUAAGCCUCAAAACAUUUCCUGUAGAGCAUCAAAAUUCCCUGACACACCAUUGGAUGAGCUGGGGCAAAAAGUAACUUGUGAUGUCAACCAUGGCCUUGUCUGUAAUAACAGAGACCAAGAAGGGUUCAUGCCCGUUUGUUACAACUAUGAGAUAAGUGUGGAGUGCUGUGAUCUUCCACCCUGGUGCACGACAACUACUCCAGUGCCAACAACAACCACCACAACAGAGAAGACAACAACUACACCACAAAGCACAACUACUCCAGGGUCCACAACCACAACAGAGAGGACAACAACUACACCACAAAGCACAUCUACUCCAGUGUCCACAACUACAACAGAGGGGACAACAACUACACCACAAAGCACAACUACUCCAGUUUCCACAACAACCACAACAGAGGGCACAACAAGUACACCACAAAGCACAACUACUCCAGAGAUUACCACAACUUCUCCAACAACCGAGAGCACAACAAGUACAACUCAAAGCACAACUACUCCAGUGUCCACAACAACUACAACAGAGGGCACAACAAGUACAAUACAAAGCACAACUACUCCAGUGUCCACAACAACUACACCACAAAGCACAACUACUCCAGUGUCCACAACAACCACAACAGAGAGCACAACAACUACGCCACAAAGCACAACUAUUACAGAGAUUACCACAACUUCAACAACUACAACAGAGAGCACAAGUACAACUCAAAGCACAACUACUUCAGUGCCCACAACAACUGAGUGUAUCCCUUUCUGUGAGUGGAGCCCCUGGUAUGAUGUGAGUUACCCUAAAUACGAUGUUAAUGGAGGUGAUUUUGAAACUUACGAGAACAUUAAAAAUGAAGGAUUUUCUAUAUGUGAUAAGCCUCAAAACAUUUCCUGUAGAGCAUCAAAAUUCCCUGACACAUCAUUGGAUGAGCUGGGGCAAAAAGUAACUUGUGAUGUCAACCAUGGCCUUGUCUGUAAUAACAGAGACCAAGAAGGGUUCAUGCCCGUUUGUUACAACUAUGAGAUAAGUGUGCUGUGCUGUGAUCUUCCAUCCUGGUGCACGACAACUACUCCAGUGCCAACAACAACCACCACAACAGAGAAGACAACAACUACACCACAAAGCACAACUACUCCAAGGCCCACAACCACAACAGAGAGGACAACAACUACACCACAAAGCACAUCUACUCCAGUGUCCACAACUACAACAGAGGGGACAACAACUACACCACAAAGCACAACUACUCCAGUGUCCACAACAACCACAACAGAGGGCACAACAAGUACACCACAAAGCACAACUACUCCAGAGAUUACCACAACUUCUCCAACAACCGAGAGCACAACAAGUACAACUCAAAGCACAACUACUCCAGUGUCCACAACAACUACAACAGAGGGCACAACAAGUACAAUACAAAGCACAACUACUCCAGUGUCCACAACAACUACACCACAAAGCACAACUACUCCAGUGUCUACAACAACCACAACAGAGAGCACAACAACUACGCCACCAAGCACAACUAUUACAGAGAUUACCACAACUUCAACAACUACAACAGAGAGCACAGCAAGUACAACUCAAAGCACAACUACUUUAGUGCCCACAACAACUGAGUGUAUCCCUGUCUGUGAGUGGAGCCCCUGGUAUGAUGUGAGUUACCCACAAUACGGUGUUAAUGGAGGUGAUUUUGAAACUUACGAGAACAUUAAAAAUGAAGGAUUUUCUAUAUGUGAUAAGCCUCAAAACAUUUCCUGUAGAGCAUCAAAAUUCCCUGACACAUCAUUGGAUGAGCUGGGGCAAAAAGUAACUUGUGAUGUCAACCAUGGCUUUGUCUGUAAUAACAGAGACCAAGAAGGGUUCAUGCCCGUUUGUUACAACUAUGAGAUAAGUGUGCUGUGCUGUGAUCUUCCAUCCUGGUGCACGACAACUACUCCAGUGCCAACAACAACCACCACAACAGAGAAGACAACAACUACACCACAAAGCACAACUACUCCAGGGUCCACACCCACAACAGAGAGGACAACAACUACACCACAAAGCACAUAUACUCCAGUGUCCACAACUACAACAGAGGGGACAACAACUACACCACAAAGCACAACUACUCCAGUUUCCACAACAACCACAACAGAGGGCACAACAAGUACACCACAAAGCACAACUACUCCAGAGAUUACCACAACUUCUCCAACAACCGAGAGCACAACAAGUACAACUCAAAGCACAACUACUCCAGUGUCCACAACAACUACAACAGAGGGCACAACAAGUACAAUACAAAGCACAACUACUCCAGUGUCCACAACAACUACACCACAAAGCACAACUACUCCAGUGUCCACAACAACCACAACAGAGAGCACAACAACUACGCCACAAAGCACAACUAUUACAGAGAUUACCACAACUUCAACAACUACAACAGAGAGCACAAGUACAACUCAAAGCACAACUACUUCAGUGCCCACAACAACUGAGUGUAUCCCUUUCUGUGAGUGGAGCCCCUGGUAUGAUGUGAGUUACCCUAAAUACGGUGUUAAUGGAGGUGAUUUUGAAACUUACGAGAACAUUAAAAAUGAAGGAUUUUCUAUAUGUGAUAAGCCUCAAAACAUUUCCUGUAGAGCAUCAAAAUUCCCUGACACAUCAUUGGAUGAGCUGGGGCAAAAAGUAACUUGUGAUGUCAACCAUGGCCUUGUCUGUAAUAACAGAGACCAAGAAGGGUUCAUGCCCGUUUGUUACAACUAUGAGAUAAGUGUGGAGUGCUGUGAUCUUCCAUCCUGGUGCACGACAACUACUACAGUGCCAACAACAACCACCACAACAGAGAAGACAACAACUACACCACAAAGCACAACUACUCCAGGGACCACAACAGAGAGGACUACAACUACACCACAAAGCACAACUACUCCAGUGUCCACAACUACAACAGAGGGGACAACAACUACACCACAAAGCACAACUACUCCAGUGUCCACAACAACCACAACAGAGGGCACAACAAGUACACCACAAAGCACAACUACUCCAGACAUUACCACAACUUCUCCAACAACAGAGAGCACAACAAGUACAACUCAAAGCACAACUACUCCAGUGUCCACAACAACCACAACAGAGAGCACAACAACUACACCACAAAGCACAACUACUCCAGUGUCCACAACAACCACAACAGAGAGCACAACAACUACACCACAAAGCACAACUACUCCAGUGCCCACAACAACCACAACAGAGAGCACAACUACACCAACAAGUACAAGUCAAAGCACAACUACUCCAGUGCCCACAACAAAGUGUAUCCCUGUCUGUGCGUGGAGCCCCUGGUAUGAUGUGAGUUACCCACAAUACGGUGUUAAUGGAGGUGAUUUUGAAACUUACGAGAACAUUAAAAAUGAAGGAUUUUCUAUAUGUGAUAAGCCUCAAAACAUUUCCUGUAGAGCAUCAAAAUUCCCUGACACACCAUUGGAUGAGCUGAGGCAAAAAGUAACUUGUGAUGUCAACCAUGGCCUUGUCUGUAAUAACAGAGACCAAGAAGGGUUCAUGCCCGUUUGUUACAACUAUGAGAUAAGUGUGGAGUGCUGUGAUCUUCCACCCUGGUGCACAACAACUACUCCAGUGCCAACAACAACUACCACAACAGAGAAGACAACAACUACACCACAAAGCACUACUACUCCAGUGCCAACAACUACCACAACAGAGAAGACAACAACUACACCAUACAGCACAACUACUCCAGGGUCCACAACCACAACAGAGAAGACAACAACUACACCACAAAGCACAACUACUCCAGUGUCCACCACAACCCCCACAGUUUCUUCUACAACUACAACUGGCCCUGUGAUUAAAACAUUUACUACAACUGCAACUACACAAAAUGUCACAUCAGGUGGACAGGUACUAGAAACAACAUCUACUCCUCCAACUACCACAACUAAAACUACAACUACAACAGAAUUUUCUACCACUACAACAUCUCCCCCAACUGAAUCCUCAACCACCACAACAACUUCCCCAACUACUACGCCUGAGGCUACAACCACCCCAGAAAUUACCACCACUAAAAUAUCUACACCCCCUGAAUCCUCAACCACCACAUCUACUCCUCCAACUACCACAACUGAAACUACAACUACAACAGAAUUUUCUACCACUACAACAUCUCCCCCAACUGAAUCCUUAACCACUACAACAGCUCCCCCAACUACUACACCUGAGGCUACAACCACCCCAGAAAUUACCACCACUAAAAUAUCUACACCUCCUGAAUCCUCAACCACCACAACAUCUACUCCUCCAACUACCACAACUGAAACUACAACUACAACAGAAUUUUCUACCACUACAACAUCUCCCCCAACUGAAUCCUUAACCACCACAACAGCUCCCCCAACUACUACACCUGAGGUUACAACCACCCCAGAAAUUACCACCACUAAAAUAUCUACACCUCCUGAAUCCUCAACCACCACAACAUCUACUCCUCCAACUACCACAACUGAAACUACAACUACAACAGAAUUUUCUACCACUACAACAUCUCCCCCAACUGAAUCCUUAACCACCACAACAGCUCCCCCAACUACUACACCUGAGGUUACAACCACUCCAGAAAUUACCACAACUAAAAUAUCAACACCUCCUGAAUCCUCAACCACCACAACAUCUACUCCUCCAACUACCACAACUGAAACUACAACUACAACAGAAUUUUCUACCACUACAACAUCUCCCCCAACUGAAUCCUUAACCACCACAACAGCUCCCCCAACUACUUCACCUGAGGCUACAACCACCCCAGAAAUUACCACCACUAAAAUAUCUACACCUCCUGAAUCCUCAACCACCACAACAACCCAAAGUACCACAACCUCUACUCCUCCAACUACCACAACUGAAACUACAACAGAAACAACAACUAGUGCAACAACAACAAGUGUAAGUCAUACUACUACUGAAACUCUAACUACAACACCAUGUACCCCUGAGGAAGAAGAGACGACACCAAUAUCUACUUCACAACCAGUGGUGUCCACCUCAUCUGUAACUACAACAACCUUAACCACACCCACACCUACACCUAUCAAGAGUACAAGUGAAACUUUGCCAACCCCACCUGAAACUACAACCUCAGUGACAACCACUCCAACACCUUCAGUCAGCACAUCCACCAUCAUUUCUACUCCCUGCUACUGUGUGUUCAAUGGGAUAACAUAUCCACCAGGUGCUGAAAUAACAAGUGGUAUUGCUAAUGCAACAUUGUGUUACAAGAUCAUUUGCAAUGACCAGUGUCAGAUAGACAUAGAUAAAUUUUUCUGUGGAACUAGUACAACACCUGAAUCAUCGACCACUACACAAUCUACAUCACCAUCUACAGUUCCAACUGCUACACCACCAGAGCCGUCAUCUACCCCAACACUUCCAUCUACUACACCACCAGAGACAUCAACUACUACACAAUCCACACCCCCAUCUACGCCAACACUUCCAACAACUUCACCACCAGAGUCAUCAACUUCUACACAAUCCCCACCACCAUCUACCCCAACACUUCCAACAACGACACCACCAGAGACAUCAACUACUACACAAUCCACACCCCCAUCUACCCCAACACAUCCAACAACUACGCCACCAGAGACAUCAACUACUACACAAUCCACACCACCAUCUACCCCAACAUUUCCAACAAGUUCAUCAACCACAAAAGGAACAACAAAAUCUACAACAAAACCAACCCCGACAAAAACACCAAUGGUUCCUUUAACAACAACAAAACCUGGAUGUCCAUUUGAGCCACAUCGUGAGCACAAUGAAACAUGGAUGUUAUGUAACUGUACCAUGGCCAGGUGUCUGGAAAAUAAUACUGUUGAAAUCGUAGAACUAAAAUGUGAACCCCCACCCAAGAUCACCUGUGCCAAUGGGCGACCUCCAAUUGCUGUGCCAGAUGAUGACCUCUGCUGCUGGCACUGGGAAUGUGACUGUGUGUGCUCAGGUUGGGGAGAUCCCCAUUAUGUAACCUUUGAUGGAACCUAUUAUAGCUACCAAGGCAACUGCACAUAUGUCUUAGUAGAGGAGAUUAAAAAGAAAGUGGAAAAUUUUGGUGUCUACAUUGACAACUACGACUGUGGAGAAAGAGAUCGUGUGUCAUGUCCACGCAACAUCAUUAUUCGUCAUGAAACACAAACAAUUCAGAUUGUGGCGAAAACCUUAGCACCUUUAAGUUUGAAGGUUGUUGUAAAUGACAAUGAGGUUGCGACACCCUACAAGAGAUAUGGAGUGUAUAUAUAUCGAUCUGGAAUUAAUUAUGUAUUGGAGAUACCUGAGUUGGGAGUCAAUAUCACUUAUAAUGGUCUGGCCUUUGCUGUGAAACUUCCUUAUGGUCGUUUUAGAAAUAAUACUCAAGGGCAGUGUGGUACUUGCACCAACAACAGGGAUGAUGACUGCAUGACACGUAGCGGAGACAUCAUUUCCAACUGUGAGAUUGCUGCUGACUCAUGGAUUGUGCACGACCCAACAAAACCUCAAUGUACUAGCAACAUUAAGAGCACAAUUUCACCUCCAAUCACAUUGCCUUCAAGUUCCUGUAAACCUUCACCCCUUUGUGAACUCAUCAAAGGAGACACAUUCAAGAAAUGCCACUCAACCCUGUCUCCGGAAGAUUACUACCAAGCCUGCGUUUUUGACAGCUGCCACGUUCCUGAUAGUAACAUAGAGUGUACCAGCUUGCAGCUUUAUGCAUUACUAUGUGCAGAUCAAGGCAUUUGCGUUGAGUGGAGAAACAAGGCCUCAUCUUGCCCUCUCUCCUGUCCCUCACACAAGGUAUACCAGGCAUGUGGUCCUGUUGUUCAAGAAUCCUGCCAGACUACUCCUAAAGAGGCAGCAUUGAUUAAGAACGACACCCGUAUAGUUGAAGGAUGUUUCUGCCCCAGUGGCACGAUCCCCUUCAGUGCAAGUGUUGAUGUCUGUGUGGAGAUCAGCAAAUGUGGAUGUGUUGGCCCAGAUAACGUACCAAGAACAUUCGGAGAGAACUUUGAGUUUGAUUGCCAAGACUGCACCUGCAUGGAUGGUGGUAGUGGAAUUGUCUGCAAGAAGCACGCAUGCCAGAAACAGAUAGCGGUGCAAUGUGACUUGGAAGGUUUCUACCCUGUGAUUCAAAGCAGUUCCACUGACAAAUGCUGCAAUGAAAGCAUUUGCAAGUGCGACACCAGCCGUUGCUCUAAGAACCCUGUUUCUUGUGGCCUUGGGUAUGAAGCCGUUGGUAGUAUCCCAGCAGGACACUGCUGCCCUGUUUACAAAUGUGUACAAAAGCAAGUUUGUGUGCAUGGAAACGCAGAAUAUCAACCUGGAUCUCCAGUUUAUUCAGACCAAUGCCAGAGCUGUGUAUGUGCAGAAGGUGGAAAUACCACUACAGGAUUGCAGAUCAAAUGUAACCGAGUGGCCUGUAAUAUACAGUGCCCGCUGGGCUUUGCACUAGUUAAGUCAGAAUCCGACUGCUGUGGAAGAUGUGAGCAGACUCACUGUGUCGUGACUCAUGGAGGAAUUUUACAGCUCUUGAAGCCUGGGAAUAUCAUUCCAGCUGAGAAUGAUAAUUGCACCAUGUAUAGCUGCACCAAGAUAAAGAAUCAGUUCAUCAGCUCUACGUCUCAGAUCUCCUGCCAGACUUUUAUUGAGUCUGAAUGUGAACCUGACACCAUACAGUAUCUACCCAAUGGUUGCUGCAAGAUAUGUAUUAAGAAAAGCAGCUCCUGUAAGAUACAAGAGUUUCACGAUUAUCUCACAUAUAACAACUGCAGAUCUCACGACGUAGUCAAAAUGUCUCGCUGUGAAGGCACAUGUGGCACAUUUUCCAUGUACUCAGCUGCUGCUAGGUCUAUGUCCCAUAAAUGUACCUGUUGCCAGGAGGUGAAGACCAGCAUAAGACAAGUAGAUCUCACAUGCACUGAUGGAAGCGUUGUUGGCCAUGAUUAUAUCACAGUUGAUGAAUGUGACUGUGUCAACACAGAUUGUGGAACAGCCAAAACGGAUGAGCAGUUCUCUUUGCGAGACAAGCGGUCACUAAGAAGAAAGAGACACUUAGGAAAUCACUAAAUGCAGGUGGUUUUCUAAAAAGAAAACCACAGAAGCAAAUGAAAAAUUAAAUAAGUAUAUAUAUAUAUUAAAAUUAUAUUUCUGUGUAUUAACUUUUGCUUCUUUUAAAUAAAGCACUUUUAUCUCAUACAA